CUAUCACAUUUUACUUUAACACAUCACAUCAAAAGUAUUUUUGGAAAGUCAACACCAAAAUAUCCCUCUCUUAAAUCUUCAAAAAGUCAAAAAUGAAACUUUAUUUAAGGACGGAGGGAGUAUAUAACUGUACUAUUCUUCACAUUAAUGCAUUCUUAUUAAUUCUCAACUCCCACAUCACCGAAUUCCCCUUUCUUCCGCGAUGGAGCCGCUGAAACAUGAAUUGAACGCCGGAGGAUCAUCGGAGAAACCUCCGGCCAAGUCGGCUGGAAUUAGGAAUGACUCGCCUCUGGUUCAGGUGAUCUUGAUCGGUCUGGUCUGCUUCUGCUGUCCGGGUAUGUUCAACGCCCUCUCGGGUAUGGGCGGCGGCGGCCAGGUUGACCCAACGGCGGCCAACAACGCCAACACCGCCCUCUACACCACUUUUGCCGUCUUCGGGGUACUGGGCGGCGGGAUUUACAACAUAUUGGGCCCCAAACUCACCUUGCUCGCAGGGUGUUCGACGUAUGUCCUCUACGCCGGAUCUUUCCUCUACUACAACCACUUCAAACACCAGGCCUUUGCCAUCCUCGCCGGAGCAUUUCUUGGCAUCGGGGCUGGCCUUGUGUGGGCCUCCCAAGGAGCCAUCAUGACCUCGUACCCUCCCCAUGACCGGAAAGGGACCUACAUCUCCAUGUUCUGGAGCAUAUUCAACAUGGGGGGUGUCAUUGGUGGGCUUAUCCCUUUCAUACUGAAUUAUCACCGCGCAGACGCCGUGUCUGUCAAUGAUGGAACUUACAUUGGAUUCAUGAUCUUCAUGUCCGUUGGUACAGUUCUAUCGCUCGCGAUUCUCCAUCCCAGCCAAGUUGUCAGGGAUGAUGGAACAGCCUGCAGUAACAUCAAAUACUCCAGUGUGGGGGUUGAGUUUAGGGAGAUCUCAAAGCUUUUUAUGGAUUGGAAGAUGCUCUUGUUGGUUCCGGCGUCUUUGGCAAGCAAUUUCUUCUACAGCUAUCAGUUUACCAAUGUGAACGGGGCGCUGUUCAAUUUAAGAACAAGGGGUUUGAACAAUGUGUUCUACUGGGGUGCACAGAUGAUUGGGUCAGUCUUCAUUGGGUUCAUAAUGGACUUCACCUUCAAGAGCCGGAGGACUAGGGGAUUGGUGGGGAUCGCAGUUGUGGGAGUUCUGGGAACUGCGAUUUGGGGGGGCGGGAUGGCGAAUCAGCUCAAAUAUUCGCGCGAAGAUAUGCCUGCUCGCAAGCUGGAUUUCAAGGACGGGUCGGAUUUCGCGGGGCCCUUCGUGUUGUACUUCAGCUACGGCUUGCUUGACGCCAUGUUCCAGAGUAUGGUUUACUGGAUCAUUGGAGCCUUAGCAGAUGACUCUGAAAUCCUUAGCAGGUAUACAGGAUUUUACAAAGGAGUGCAGAGUGCAGGGGGAGCUAUAGCUUGGCAAGUGGAUGCCCAAAAGGUGGCAUUCUUUAACCAAUUGGUUGUGAAUUGGGGACUGACAACAUUGAGUUAUCCUCUUUUGGGUCUUCUGGUUUUCUUAGCAGUGAAAGAUGAUGGCAACAUGGUAGAAAAAAGAGUGUCCAUUAAAUAAGUAAGCCGGAUCUACCAUCACAAGUUUGAGUUUUUUUUGGUUUAAAUGUAUACGAAGAUUAACUUGGUACAUAUAAUAAACAUGCUAUCGGAUAACUAUCCGUAUGAGGGAAUGGUUCAUCAUCCUUUUUAUAAUAAAGAUGCUGUUUUAGUUGUCUCAUCAUUGGAUUGAUAUUCUUGCAUUCCUGUCUUGUUGCGGCGCUAGUUUGCUUGAUAGGGACACUCACAACUUGUAAUUAUACGGAGUAUGUGGACAAGAAUGAAAAGGAAUAAAUGUUCUUUUUUUGUUUUUAAUACAACACUUUAUUUUCCUGUAAUUGUCGGGAAAUACAGGGGUUACCAUCUUCGAUCUUCCUCUCUUCGGGACACGUUCUUUAUUGGCAAAUCCGGACUUUUCUUCUCCUAUAUCGGCAAAAUUCCCUCUUCGCACAAGUCUUGCAAAUUCCGAUCUUGAUCCUAACUAUUAUGAUCUCUCCCUAUCGAACCCUCUUGGUAGGGUUCACUAUCUGCUCUAACUCUCCG